GGAUUUGUUUUAGCCUUGAAACAGGGUGCAGAUUUUUGCUUUUAAGCUCUCCCCCUUCCCACCCCUCAGUGCACCUUCUCCAUGGUUUGAUGUUCAUUUAAAGUAUUCCAAAUUUGGCUAAAUGUCUAGUUUGGAUUCGUCCAUCCACUUGUCCUGUAAUCUUUUCUGUGUUUCUUCCCUUCUGGGAGGUUUAGAGGGACUCAUUUUUAAAGCAAGCCACUCUAUCUUGUGAUGGUGGUUAGUUAUGAUUUGCCAUGAGGAGACAGGAGGAUAAGGACUGACUUGGAACAUGCUGUACAAACACUGGCACAUCAAUCAUCUGCAGUGAUUUUUUUUCUUUAAAAAAAGAUUGAAUAUUCAGCUGAGAGUUUUUAAAAGGAGCCUCGUUACCAAGAAACUUUGACAUCAAAAGGCUUGGAAAACCAACUCUGGAUCUCCCCACCAUAGCUGAUACUUCCUCAAUAGCAUGGGCAUUGGUUUUCUGGUGUAACUAAGGGUGAAAACCCCCCCACGCCCCUUGGGUAUUGCCACAUCUGGCAGGGAUUGAAGGGCUUCAAUCCAAGCAUCACUGCAAUCUACAAUGGCAAAUGAACCGGUGAUCUUGAAUGUUUAUGACAUGUACUGGAUAAAUGAAUACACCUCCACAUUGGGUAUUGGAGUCUUCCAUUCUGGAAUUGAGAUCUACGGUAGAGAGUUUGCCUAUGGAGGACAUCCCUAUCCUUUCAGUGGGAUUUUUGAGAUCACACCAGGCAGUGCGGUGGAGCUUGGAGAGACCUUUAAAUUCAAAGAAUCCAUUGCCUUGGGCACCACAGACUUCACCGAAGAAGAUGUGGAUAAAAUCAUGGAGGAACUGGGCAAAGAGUACAAGGGCAAUGCUUACCAUCUCAUGCACAAGAAUUGCAAUCACUUCUCAGCUGCUCUGGCAGAGAUCCUGUGUGGGAAGGAAAUCCCACGCUGGGUGAACCGCCUGGCCUACUUUAGCUCCUGCAUUCCUUUCCUGCAAAGCUGCCUCCCCAAGGAAUGGCUGACCCCUGCCGCUCUGCAGACUCACAUCAACCUUGGCCUUCAUAAGGAAGAGCAGGGAGACACGACGGACGAGGAAUCUCCAUCGACUUCCGCAGCUGCUUCGGCCCCAGGGCCUUCACGAACCUGCCGUCAUACAAGGGUCUAAACUCUGCCCGUGGAAGUGGCCCUCAAAUCUUUUCCCCCGACCCCACUGGUUGCUCCUCCAUCUUUUCCUGCGUCUGCUCAAACUUUUGCCCCAAGAACCCGUGGAGCGUCCUUGCCAGGACAAGACAAAACCUUUGCCUCUUUUUCAAAGGGGCUGCUGCUGUUCCUUAAAGCAACAUUUAGAAUUGUUAUCAACACGUGUCUUGAGAUUUGAACUUCUGGAGCUGACAUUCUCUGUAUUGUGAAAAUAAAGCAAAAAGUACUAUGGUCUCUGGAAUAUGACACAGCAGCCCCGAAAGGAAGCCAUAUUGAGGGACAGAUAUUUCAUCUGGAACUCUUUUAAUUCUCUGUCUCCGGUCAUUACGUGCAGAAAGCCUUCACUCUCAUUCCUCCAAAGCUGUAUCUCCUUUAAAUAUUGAAAAGAGGAGCUGAAACUAAGAGUCUCACUUUCUCCUCUCUCAGACCAGCAGCAAGCUCCACUUAACUGUCUCCUCACUCUUUUUAAAUCACUAGUUUCUUAAGCCACA